CGCAAUGAUAAAGGAAGAAUUCUUCGAAAAAGAAAUGCUAAUGAAGGAUCAAAAUAUACAAGUGAUGAAAUUGAAGUAAUUAAAAAUGCUAUGAGAGAUAUUAUUAUGAGAAAUACUGACAUUCAGAAUGUAAAAACUAAUCCAUUUAAAUCACAAAGUUAUAAAGAUAGUUUAGAAUUGUGA